AUGGCGGCAGCUGACGUUGCAGACAUAGCCACGGAGGAAGAAGAAUUUAAGUGGCUUUUACAAGAAGAGGUUCACGCUGUCUUGAAACAGUUGCAGGAUAUUUUGAAGGAGGCUUCUCACAGGUUUGCGCUGCCGGUGAGUGGCUCGGAAGGAACGAUCAAGCAGGAGAACUUUGUGCUGAGCACUUUGGGCACAGACCAGGUGAAAGGUGUGUUAACGCUGCAGGGAGAUGCCUUGUGUCAAGCAGACAUUAAUUUGAAAAUGCCCAGAAAUAAUCAGCUCGUACACUUUGCAUUUCGGGAGGACAAACAGUGGAAACUGCAGCAGAUCCAGGAUGCUAGAAACCAUGUUAACCAAGCAAUUUACCUGCUUAUGAAUAGAGACGUAAACUACCAGUUCAAAACGGGCUCAGAGGUCCUCAAGCUUAUGGAUGCUGUGAUGUUACAGCUCACGAGAGCCCGGAAUCGGCUGACCACUCCAGCCACUCUGACUCUCCCAGAGAUUGCCUCCAGUGGUCUCACAAAAAUGUUCAGCCCUGCUCUGCCUCCAGAUAUCCUUGUGAAUUUCUAUAUUAACCUGAAUAAGCUGUGCCUGACUGUCUACCAACUCCAUGUGCUGCAGCCCAGCACAACCAAGAACUUCAAGCCUGCUGGAGGGUCUGUUCUGCACAAUCCUGGAGCCAUGUUUGAGUUUGGCAGCCAGAGGUAUGAAGUCAGCCACGUUCAUAAAGUGGAAUGUGUUGUCCCGUGGUUGAAUGAUGCCCUUGUCUUCUUCACAGUUUCACUGCAGCUUUGCCAGCAGCUAAAGGACAAGAUCUCAGUUUUCUCCAGUUACUGGAACUACAGACCGUACUAGUUCUCUGUGGAGGGCCCCAAGCCCUUUCAGCACUACCACUGUCUCCCUAUCUGUUUCCCGUGUGUCAGCGAAGUCCAGGUCAGCCGGAGGAGUGCUGUGGUUCACUGCCCUAUGUCCCACCAUAGGGUAGGUCCAGUGUUUCUGGAGACACACCUUCAGUGGCCUUGUUUGAGACUGCUGCAUGAGCAGAACACCAAGCAGUGCUGUGUGGUUGGCAAGAGCUUCUGCCUGUCUGUCUUCACACAUGGGAGUUGUGGUCAGUGCUUUGCAAGCCCCUGAUGAUCUACAUUAUUCUGUUGAGAGGGAUGACGUAGGGCUGUGGACCACUCACUAACUGUAUUUGUACAUAGUGCAGUAACUAACUGCUGGGCUAUGAGCUGGCUGGGAAGGGAUGAAGACAGACUAAUUUCAACCUUCAUAAAAUGUGCAGGGCAUGCUGCUCCAUGUAGUGAGAUAUGUUGUUGUGACUUGGUCCAGCUGAAGUUUUGACUAGGCCUAAGCUUCUCCCUUUCCUGUCUGUUCUGUCCCUGCCCAGGUUAUUGAUUCCCCUUUGGGGUUAUUCUUACUUGCUGCUGUUUGAACUCUUUUUUUCCCUGGCAACAAUGUGAUCAUCUAUGUUAAUAUUUUUUUCCUAAGCCCUAGUUGGGCCACUUGUUUUUUUUCCAGGUUUAAUAUCUUGUUUUCACUGUCAGCGUGUGGAGCUGCCCCAGUACCUUGAGCAGAGCUGGGGUUCACACUCUCACAUCCUGUCAUUAAACCUAAAGUGAGUACCAAGUUGUUCCUAUGAUUUGCUGCCUAUCUGUGGAUGCUACAGUAUGUAACUCAUCCCUCUAGCCAGUGAUAGCUGUGAAAUAAAGAUCCUCAGACCUGCCAUGCUCCUGUGAGGUGUCAGUGCUGAGAAUAAAGAGUG